GCCCGGAAGAGUUGAACAUGAUGAUGUGCAACCCGAGAUUGAGAGGAGAAACCUAAUGUCCAUGCUGUAACCGCCACUUUAUUGUUUCCCCGUGACAUUUGUGCGUCCCUUAUACUCGCCUUCGGGAACAAAAUGAGAGGAGAUAUUACUUUUUCUCCAUUGUGAAGCAGCUGGGUUACGAGGCUACAUGGUGUAUGUUUCCUGUUCAGAGUGUGGAUGUGUGGGUGUCCAGAGAUGGAAAGCUAUGAGGAGUUCUGCCUGCGGAGUCUGGUCAUGCUGCAGGAGGAGGGGAAAUUUAAGAAGUCGACAUGUGAGCCUCUGUAUUCCCUGAAGACACACUCUGUCAUCCUCUUCCAUGGAAGAGCUGUGCUUUCACCUCUGCUGAGUGCAGAGCAGCGUAAUGAGAUGUGUGACUAUAGGCAGCAAGCAGUCCAGCUGGAGUUGGACAGACAGAGCCAACACAAGAACAAGCUCUUGGCUCGGGUUCAGGACAUCGUGGACCAGGUUCAGAUACAUAAAGUGCCAGAUGAAGAUGUUGGAAAGCUGCCAGUUUGUAAAUCUUCAACUGUCAGUGGUUACACCCUGGUCACUGACUCGCCAGGACUUCCUCGGGACUCUGGAUUUGGGCUUCAAACAAAUGAACCUCCUGCCUCACCAUGCUGUGAAACUCCCAUCCCUAAUUGCCACAAGGCAGUGGAAGAAGAGAUGGUGAAAAAGGAAGAGAAGAGUGACGAGGAAGAUGAAGAGGAUGAUAUUAGCUUGGAUAGCCUUCUCAAGAAAUCCAGGGAGUAUGUGAAGAGAGAACAGGGUCAGAAAGUCGUCCACACAGUCACCCGGACUCUCCCGCCUGACAGCGUCCCUGACACUGACAAUGUGAGCUGCAGUCCCAUGAGGGACAGUGGCAUUGAGUUUGGUUUCAGUCUACACCACAGUCCAACUGGUCCACCUCAAACCCAGAUCCAGCAUCAAACGCUUUUCGACCCCAGUUUGCAGCAGUCUGGCUGCCUUUCACCGAGUUUACCUGACUGGAAUACCCGCCUACCCAGUCCAGAGUCCACCGUUAGUCCUCAUGUACAAAGACGCCGUCCACGUCCAGUUUCUACUGGUAACAUCCAUAUCUCAUUCCCAGUUGGCCCAGCAGACCUUAUUCCCCGAGGCCCAGGAAGAUCAGGGGAGCGUGUUGGUGUGGCCGAUUGCGGAGAGCCGUUCUCAGGGGCCAGAGGGUCCACUGAUCACUGGGGGUCACUGGGAAGUGAUUGUGGUGAUAGCGUUCAAAGAGGUGGCAGUCGUCGAUCUAGCCACUGUGGCACCAGCCCAGUACAGGAAAUCUGCAGUCCCAUCAGCACUUCAGGGUCCAGCCCAAGUGGACCCCUUGAUCAUCUGACAACAGGAUUUCGCCGGCGUUGCCACACUCUGGACAGCCAGCUGCACACAUACAACUCAGCUGAAUCCAUCGACCGCAGUCAAGAAAGGAUCCCACGUUUUAUGGCAGGAGUUACGUGGUUGGGCCCAGGUCGGCGAGCUGCUGCAGCCCCCUUGAACCAGUCAUAUGACAUAGAGAACCCCUCACCAUAUCUGAUGAGGCCCCGAGUGACGUCUGACUUGUCUCAAGUGAAAGUCAGGAUGGAGCCAGAUGACCCUCAGGGGUUGAACAAUACAAGAGUCACACAAACCGCUCUCAGAAAUGCAUCAGAAGCACAGGUCAACACGUCAGAGGAGACUCAGAGGCGAGCACAGGCUCUGGAGGACAUGCAAAGGCGUCUGCAGGAGGAGCACGCCCUGCAGAUGUCCUGUCUCCUGGCUGAGCAGGAACAAGAGCAACAUCGCCUCCGUCUGGAGCUUGAGGUGACAGAAAGGAGAAUGAAGGAGCGGGGGCGCGUGCGUCCUCUGAGCGCAGAUGUUUCCAGCUGGAAUCGUAGAUCUGUCAAUGACAUCUGCCCUGUUAUUAGCCCAUCCUGCCCAGCGCUGAGCCCUGCUCACACACCUAAUGAACGCUCACCAGGACACAGUAUAGGUUUUCCUAGUCCUGUGAAUUCCAGUGUGACCUCUCCUUCUGUCCAGUCUCCUGUCAGUCUGUGGGGGUCCACAUGGGCAGCAAGCAAACCUCGGCCAAGGCUAAGUGUGGUUCUGACAUCUGAACAGCAGAAAGCCUUCUGUCGAAUUAGUGCCAUAACUCGGGGCUUCCUCACACGCAGACUGCUCAAAACAGAGAAGGUCAAACAUCUGCGCCAGACAAUUGUGGACACACAGGAGUUCAUCCAUUCAUUCCAAACUGAAGCCUCAGUAAAGAAAUGCAACUACUCUGCACAGGAUCUCUCCCUGCAGGAGAGAGUCAGAGCUCAGUUGCGUGCAGCCCUUUAUGACAUCCAUGAAAUCUUCUUUCAAAUGCCUCUGGAGGAUCGUUUAGGAUUGCUGCAGCAGGACAGGGAGCUGCGAGUAGAACGGAAGCUACGCGACAUGGAAAAAGCAAAGUGUCCCAAGGAAAGAGUGUUUUUUUCUGCUGCCACACAGAGGUCCCUCGACAGAAAAAAGAGGGCUGGUGAAUCUCCAGCUCAGACCAGGAAGAUGCACCAGAAGCCAAAGAGCCCCACUACUAACAGGGUUCUAAAGCCAAACCAAGGCCAAAAUUCUCCUGCAUCAGGCCAACUAAACCGCCAGGGGAGCUGGUACAAGAAGACCCCAGAGGAGAGGCUGAGGCGCUCAGACAGCCUGAAGAAGCAACACUCUCUGGGUUAAGAGGUUCCUUAGUAAAUCUUCUGACCUGUCAACUUGAAUUUGUUUUUGUUUUUUUUGUCUUUUUAUACUGACCUUGUACCACUGAAACAGUCAGCGCUGCUAACCAUAUGAUUGUGUUUUAGUAAAGUUUAAAUGAUUGUAUUCACUUCAACACUUAUAUGAUGAUGAACAUUGUCACGGUGAUUGUUUUUGACUAUUGUAGCUUGCUAAAAUAGUUUCCAGCACCCCUAACUGAUGAACUGUUAUACACAAGACUCAUGUGUAGCUGAAUAGUUCAUGUGAAGUAUUAAAUGAAAAAGUAGGUGCAUUUUACACAUUUUAAAUGUCCUUCGAUGUAAGCUAGAAAAAGUCAGAGCUAAAGGGAAAUAAGUUGAAGAUUUUCAGCUGUGCCUAAGAACUAUGCCUUUGCUAGCAUGUAUAUAUUACUAAUUGUUGAUAAACAUUUAGUGCAUACAUCUGUAUAUAACUUUACAAACAAAAGCUUCAUGGUUAUUGUCACAUGAUGUAGUUGCCAUAAAAAUACAGAAUAUUUGAGUGUGUAUGAUUCCUUUAUUUAAGUUAUUUAUUCAAGGGCUUUAAUGACCUACUUGUGCUUUUUUUUCUGUAUUUACUGGUGCUGAGCUACCUUUUGUACUACACGCUCUGAGACAUUUCAUUUGAUGUAAGUCAUUGCC